CGUUCAGGAAGUCGCAUGACAGCAGACGCAUGUGUGUGUGUGAGUGUGUGUGUUAGCUCCAAGGUGAGCUCGGUGUGUUCGGGUGAGUCCCGGGCGGUGUAAACAUGUCUCAGGUGUUUCAGGUGUUCCGGGUGUGUGUCCGCCGGCAGCUGUGGAGGACCGUCACCCGCCGGGUCCCCGCUGCGGUCUCUGCGGGGCGUGCGGGGUCCGUACCGGACUUAAGUCGAGGUGUGAUCCGGCAGCUCAGCAGCAGAGACAGAGGAAAGGUCCGGGGCUGCACCGUAGACCCGAACCUGGAGGAAGAGUUCGUGUUUCUGGACUGUAUAGAUCGAGAGGAGGACCCCCAUCAGCAAGAGAAAGCCCUGAUCCAGCAGCUCCAGCAGCUGCAGAUCUCCUCUCCGCCUCCUGUCUCUCCUCCUGAACACCUCCAGACCCCUCCUCAGAAACAGCACCUGAGGUCUCUGGAGCGUCAGCUGCAGGCGUUGAGGGACGAGGCCAAGCAGGAGCCGCACCCGGACUCUCUGAUCCAGUUCCGAGAUGUGGACUUCCCAUUGGAUGAGAACCUCGUGGCUGCAAAGAAGAAAAAGAAGAAGAAGAGUGAGCACAAGGUCUUUGGGACUCCGGACGUGGACGAGCCGGUAAGUGACACCUGCUGCUCCGGCUGCGGGGCCAUGCUGCACUGCACCGCCAUCGAGGCCCCCGGGUACCUGCCCAGUGAGAAAUACAAGGCCCUGCUGCAGGAGGGGAACCUGGCGAAAGCCACCUGUCAGCGCUGCCACCUGCUCACCCACCACCACAAGGCCCUGAACCUGCAGGUGUCCAGAGACCAGUACAAGGCCGUGGUGCAGCAGAUCCGCCCCCACCGGGCCCUGGUGCUGCUCAUCGUCGACCUGCUGGACCUCCCGGACUCCAUCGUCCCCGACCUGCCCGAACUGGUGGGGACCAACAAGCACGUGGUCGUCCUCGGCAACAAGAUCGACCUGCUGCCCGGAGACUCGCCCGGCUACCUGCGGCGGAUCAAGCAGCAGCUCGUCCAGUACUGUCAGGAGGCCGGCUUCGGGAGCCAGGUCACGGACGUCCACCUCAUCAGCGCCAAAACCGGGUAUGGCAUUGAGAACCUGAUCACCAGCCUGCAGAGGUCCUGGAAGUACAAAGGUGAUGUGUACCUGGUGGGGAGCGCCAACGCGGGGAAGUCGACCCUCUUCAACACGCUGCUGGAGUCCGACUACUGCAAGUCCAAAGCCUCUGAUGUCAUCCACAAGGCCACCAUAUCGCCGUGGCCCGGGACGACUCUGAACCUGCUGAAGUUCCCCAUCAUCAACCCGACUCCGCACAGGAUGUUCAAACGACAGGAACGACUCGCUGAAGCAUCGCGACAGACGGAGAGCGAGCUGUCCCAGGAAGAGCUGAGGAGGCUGAGACACUUCAGCAAGCAGGGGUACUUAGUGGGUCGUAUUGGCAGAACGUUCCGGUCCAACAGCGGCUCCAGACCAGGUGUGUUCGAGUUCGAUCCAGAUAGUUUGGCUUUUGGAGGAAAUGAAGAUGAAGAGACGACGACAGGCCCCAGCAAGGCGCCGGUGGAGUUCACCCACAACGAGCUGAAAGACGCUCACUGGCUGUACGACACCCCGGGGAUCAUGAAGGAGAAAGAUAUCCUCAGCCUGUUGAACGACCAGGAAGUGAGGUCAGUGGUUCCCACUCACGCCAUCGUCCCACGGACGUUUGUGCUGAAGCCCAGUAUGAGUCUGUUUGUGGGGGCUCUGGCCAGGAUCGACUUCCUGGAGGGGAACAAAUCCUGCUGGUUUUCAGUCGUGGCCUCCAGUCACGUCCCGGUCCACAUCACCAGUCUGGAGAAGGCCGACAGUAUUUAUGAGAAACAUGCGGGACACAUCCUGCUGGGGGUGCCUAUGGGAGGGUCGGAGCGUAUGAAGGAGUUUCCUGCAUUGGUUCCUCAGGAGUUCAGGUUGGAGGGUCGAGGUUACCUGGAGGCUGCUGCUGACAUCAAACUGUCAUCUGCAGGCUGGGUGGCUGUGACGGCGGUGGAAGGUGAUCAGGUGUCGCUGAGGGUUCACGGUCCAGAGGCAGCAGGUUUUAGUCUGAGGACGCCCCCGCUGCUUCCUCACAUUGUCUCCCUGAAAGGAGAACGCAUCCGAAAAUCCGCCGCCUACAAACCGAUGAAGCCACAGGGGCUUCUGGACACUGGACUGUCAGCCAAAGGAGCCGAGAGGCUGAAGGUGAAGCUGAAGACGUGAACCUGCAGACACCUGCAGACAGGUAGGAGGAGGAGCUGGUGUCCGCUGGGAUGUUUGUCCCACACCAGGGACAGAUGUGGACAGAGCAGAUAGACAGAGAAGCCUCCUGGCAACAGUCAUGGCUCUGACUGACCUUUGACCUCUGUGAGCUGGACGAACUCAAACCGAUCUUCUGCUGCAGCAUCACACAAUAAAGCAGCGUUUUCAGGAUGUAACGUAAGGUGUGGAUCAUGCAGUGAUGAGGUGAAGUUUGACAACCUGCUGCCAUAAAACGUUUGUAUUCAUGUUAAUUGUUCUGUGACGAGCACAGUCAAAUACAUAUUCUGUUCUCUA